AAAUUUUUCCCAAAGUUAGCGAAAAGUGUUAAUCGAUUUUAGGAAGAAAAUGAACAGCACCAUGGACAUACAGAUGUUUUUAAAGGAAGAGAGAGAAAAACUAUUGAAGGAUAAAAUGAGAUUUCAAAACCAGCUGGGAGAGAAUGAGACGGAGACAAAAACAAAUGAUUUGAACACUCAGCGCGCUUUUAACGUGGGUUGCAAUGAUAAUUCGGUAAAUUCUAAAGUUGUCUCGAAUGGUUUUACACCCGAAUUCGCAAGGUCUCUGAAGGAGGACAUAAAUGAACCGGCCAAAUUGCUUAGAACGGAACAGAAGAACGACGUUUCAAAAUCACCCAUCAACAUCGCCAUUGACAACUGUAACGCAACCGGAGAGGAAGAUUUGACGGAUGCACCAAGGGAUAUGUCGACCAUAAGCAGAUAUACGACGACAUCUAAUCCUCCGGAUGAUUUUUUGUCUACAAGCUUGUAG